AUGGCUUCAGAUAACAAAAAAACUCCCGGCGCCUUACCUGGCCCGCCCGGCCCGCCUCCAACCUUACAAGAGUACCGCAAGGAACAAGCCCGACUUCGAGAGAUGAUUGAGAAGCAAAAGCAGUUGUCUAAGAGACUUGCGCAGCUCGAAGAUACCAUCAUUCAGAAGGAAUCCGCAUACCUUGAAUCAUCGCCGGCGGGCAAUAUUAUCACAGGCUAUGACAACUACGUCAAAGGCACGAGUGGAGCCGCCGCUCAACGGAGGAAGAUGGGCACAGUUGAACAACAUUGUGUUUUCUCACGUUCCUCCAUCUCGUAUCGACCCAAUACUGGCGAUGCCACGACUGGACCGAGCACUCCGGCCUCUCACGCCCCAACCCCACUUUCAACAUCGUUCAAAGAUGGCGGUUCCAACCAUGCCACACCCACAUCAGCGACGAUAGCCCGGGGCGGAAAUAAGAAGAAAAAGAAUAACGAAGACGAUAGUGAGCACGAGGCAGUCAGCAGCAAGAAGCGGACGAACUUCGGGACGGGCCGCAAGUAG